AGCUGCGGAGACCCAGCCGGGAGACAGACUUUCCGCCCGGCUCGGCCAGGGGACUCUUCUCUUUCUCCCUCUCACGCGCCGGGGCUGUCUAUCGCCCCCUCCCUGCAGACAUGGCUGAGGAAAGGUAUGAUAAGCCUGUAAUAGAAGAAAAUGUCUUUGAAGCUUUGGAGAAAGACUUCCAAGAAGUCAUCAGUGAACUUACAGGAGAUCAAAGCCUGGAGAAAUUUCGUGUGGAAUAUGAGAAGCUCCAUGCAGUGCUAAAAAAGUCUUAUGAGAAUGAAAAGCGUCUCAUGGCAAAAUGCAGGGAACUGAAUGCAGAGAUUGUGGUGAAUUCGGCUAAAGUGGCUACUGCUCUAAAGCUCUCCCAGGAUGAUCAGACAACAAUAACAUCAUUGAAAAGGGAGAUUGAAAAGGCUUGGAAAAUGGUGGAUGCAGCAUAUGAGAAAGAACAGAAAGCAAAAGAAACCAUCAUGUCUCUUAAGGAGGAAAUUAUAAACUUAACUAAAUUAGUAGAACAAGGAUCUGGAUUGUCACUGGGUCAAGAGCACAACUUGCGGGAGUUGUUAAAAUUUAAAGAAGAAGUAACAAAAGAGAGAGACCAGCUUUUGGCAGAAGUUGUAAAGUUACGUGACAGUGUAGCUAAUAUGUCAGAUCAACAGCAAGAUGCAGAAAAGACCAGACUGGAAGCAGAAUCUACUAUUGCUCAGCUCCAUCAGGAAAUCCAGAUGCGUCAAAACGAGGCUUCACGGGAGACACGAAAGAAAGAAAAAAUGGAAAGAGAACUGAAACAACUUCAGAAUGAAUUAGAGUCCAAAAUGACUGAUAUAAAGACAAUGCAGCAGGGUUUAAAUAAAAGUAAGGAGGAGCUCCUGAAAUGUGAACAGCAACUGAAGGAACAAAAGAUUCUGAAUGAAAGAGCCACAAAAGAACUGGAACAAUCUACAGCAAGAAACACCAAGCUUCAGCUAGAGAAUGAGCAACACAGUUUAGCCAUUGAACAACUAAUGCAGGAGAAUCAGCAGAAAACUACUGAACUGAGAACAAGAGAAGAUGAAGUGUCUCAGAUGCGUCAGGAGAUUGGAAAGCUAACCAAAAUGAGAGAAGUAAUGCAGCGAAAAUUGCGUGUUGUAGAAGAGAACAAAACACAGGCAGAAUUUGAAAGAGACACCCUUAAAAAUCAGAUAACUGGACUGGAAAAGGAACUGGAAGCUGCAAAAAAGCAAGCAGAAGUUGAUAAGAAGGCUAUAGAUGAACUUGUGAGAGAAAGGGACAUACUGAACAAGAACUUACUGAAGGCUGCUAGCGUCACUCAAAAACAGAUGAACCUUGUUAAGCUCCAUGAACAAUCCAAGAAAAACCUAGAAGAAGAAAUUCAGAAUUAUAAAGAUGAAGCUCAGAAACAGAGGAAGAUUAUAUUUCAGCUGGAGAAAGAGAGAGAUCGUUAUAUUAAUGAAGCUAGUGAUCUCACACAAAAGGUCCUUCAUCACAUGGAAGAUAUCAAGCUACGGGAAAUGCAGAUUUUUGACUACAAAAAGAAGAUAGCAGAGUCUGAAACAAAAUUAAAACAGCAACAAAAUCUCUAUGAAGCUGUGAGAUCAGACAGAAACCUCUACAGUAAAAAUUUAAUUGAAGCUCAGGAUGAAAUCAAUGAAAUGAGAAAGAAGUUAAAGAUUAUGACACACCAGGUUGAUCAGCUGAAAGAAGAGAUUUCUGUCAAAGAGGCAGCCCUUGUGAAAGUGCAUCUGGACCACCAGCGGAUAGAAAAAGAAAAAGAAGCCUUAAAGGGUGAACUGCUUAAAAUGAGACAACAGGCUCUGGAGACAAAGCAUUUUAUUGAAAAACAAGAGGAAGAAGAAAGAAAGCUCUUGAAAAUUAUUUCUGAAGCUGAUGCAGAAAGAUUAAGACAAAAGAAAGAAUUAGAUCAAGUUAUUAGUGAAAGAGACAUUCUUGGGAGCCAGUUAGUUCGUCGCAAUGAUGAAUUGGCUCUUCUGUAUGAGAAGAUAAAAAUUCAGCAAUCAAUUCUCAACAAAGGAGAAAUGCAGUAUCGACAAAGAAUUGAAGACAUCCGAUUACUCAAGUUGGAGAUAAAAAAACUUCGGCGGGAGAAGGCAAUACUUGGCAAGAGUGUGGCUAAUGUGGAAGAACUAAGGCAGGAAGUUUAUCAUAUGCAGAAGGAGUUAUUGAAGGAACGCACACGCUGUAGAGCCUUGGAAGAAGAGCUGGAAAAUCCAAUGAAUGUUCACAGAUGGAGAAAAUUGGAGGCCAGUGACCCAAGUACUUAUGAGUUGAUACAGAAGAUACAUGCACUUCAGAAACGACUUAUUAGCAAGACCGAAGAAGUUGUUGAAAAAGAAUUACUUCUCCAGGAGAAGGAAAAAUUGUAUGUGGAACUGAAACACAUUUUAGCUCGUCAGCCUGGGCCCGAAGCAGCAGAACAAUUACAGCUGUAUCGGCACACUCUACGGGAGAAGACAAAACAGCUUAAAGUUUUAUCUUCUGAGCUGAAUAUGUAUGAAUCACAGAGUCAAGAAUACAAAUAUGAAAUUGAAAGACUUGCAAAUGAACUUCUGAAUAUAAAGAAGAAAUACCUCACUCAAAAACGCAAGGAGCAGGAAAACAAGGAAAAGGAGAAAGCCUUGAGUAACAUAGAACAUGACUUCGCAGGACAAAGAGCCAGAGUUCCACGCUUCACUGGAGGUGGUUUCCCGCUUAGCAACCCACCUCCCAAAAUUGUGGCAUAACUAUAGCAUCAUGACAUAAUGUCACACGUUGUGGCAUCCCCUACAGUAUUGCUUUUCAUGGAUAAUAUUAUUGGUUUCCAAAGAUCUCUGUGUUCUUUUCACAAAACUCUGGCACAGGCAAGUUCAUAAGAAUUCUACAUCUUACUAUAUUGAUAUCAGUAGAGUAUGCUUUUUUAAAAAAACAAAUAAAUAAGAGCAACAUAAUCUUAUAUUGCAUUUUUAAAAAUGCUUGAUUUGGAAGUUAGUUCUCUUGAAGUCAAUGGAUUGCAAAAAAUACACUGAGGAUUGGAUGUAAUAUAUGCAGUUGUUUUAAAAUUACACUGUUUCCGACUACCUUGUCUUGAAUUUAUAUCCUAAAAAUCCCAGGAAAUAUAUUUACACGAUUAAUAUUUUAAGAAAAUAUAAAAAAUAAAUUUUAUAAACUUCAUACAACAGCAUUAAGUUAUAGCAAUGUAGUCAUGUGUAAUAUGCAAUAACAAAAUUUAUUAGGGAGAUGGGAAUGUGAGGAAGCUUGAAGAAACAUUUAAAAAUUGUUUAGGUAUGAAACUAUGUAUGAUUUUCAAUACCUAAACUUCUUUAUUCAUGAGAUUUUAUCAUUCAGUAGCAAGUCAUAUGAUGGAAUCACUGUAUGAGGUGCUGAAAUAUGUGUUAAAAUAAACUGCUUU